CGUAAUUUCACCGUACAUAACCCUUACUUUCCAAGAUUCCACAUAUUUGAAACAUUCAUCAAUGAAACAAUGAAAAGCCUCCAACAAUUGGUUUAUUUAAAUAAUUAAAGUCAAAUUCCUUGAGUUCAUCCCAAAGUGCCUAUAAAUACCUAACAUCAUAACAUCUUAAUCACAAUAUUUUGAGUAUUUCACUUCCUUAUUUACGUAGCAUAAUAUCGUAUCCAUGAAACGGCAAAGAGACGAAAGAGUAGAGAACAUAGAUUUAGCAAAUUGUCUAAUUCUACUCUCUCAUCCCAAACAAACCAAACCAAAGAAACAUUUUGGUUGUGUUGAAUUUGAAUGCACCACAUGCAACCGUAAGUUCUCUUCAUUUCAAGCCCUAGGUGGCCAUAGGGCUAGUCACAAUAAACCCAAAAUAGAUGCCACAAAACUCAAACUACAGGUACAAAAUUUGAGUUUAUUGAAUAAGUCCAAAAUGCAUGCUUGCUAUAUUUGCGGUAAAGAAUUCUCUUUAGGCCAGGCUUUGGGAGGACAUAUGAGAAGGCACAGAGUUGGUGUCAAUGAAGAGUUUUCUUUGAUGAAGGAAAAUAAGAUUGUUGGAGAAGUUCCUAUACUGAAAAGAUCGAAUAGUAAGAGGGUUAUGUGUUUGGACUUGAAUUUAACGCCUUUGCAGAAUGACUUGAAGUUAUUGUUUGGAAAUAUGGCACCUAAAGUUGAUUCUUUUGUCUGAUUAACUUUUUGUCUUGAUACUUUGUUUUGUAGUUUGAAUAUAUGUAAUUUUUUCAAUUCUUUGUUGUAAAAUUUAUUUUCUUUUCUUUUUUAAAAGUGUUUAUAAAUAGGAAAAUGAUAUUUUUCUGCGUA